AUGGACUAUGCCAUAAAAAGAACUGAUGGUUAUUGGGGACUUUCAGCAACGACCCCUUGUGAACCUUGUGGCUGUGAUCGUAUAGGUUCUAUUAACACUUCCUGUGAUCAAGUUACUGGUCAGUGCCAUUGUAAAUCUGGAAUCGGAGGGAGGAUUUGUGAUACUUGCCUUCCACAUUAUUAUGGCUUUUCUGUUUCUGGCUGUUCAAGAUGUGAAUCUUGCAGCAAUGUUGGGCAUAUUUGUGAUCCAGAUACUGGUCGAUGUGUUUGCCCACCUUUCACUGAAGGAAACUUAUGUGAGCGCUGUCAGCCAAAUGCCUGGGGUUUCACAUCGGGAAGAGGCUGUAAGGCAUGCAACUGUGAUGUUGCUGGCUCUUUACAGCAGAGAUGUGACAGUGCAAGUGGCCGUUGCAUGUGUCGUAGAGGUUUUCACGGUGACAGAUGUUCAUCGUGUGCUGUUGGCUACUAUGGUUACCCAGUGUGCAGACUGUGUGACUGUCAUCUGCCUGGAACACAACAGGAUAAAUGUGACACAAAGACUGGGCAGUGUCUGUGCGAUGAAUCAGGACAGUGUCCCUGUAAAGCAAAUGUUGUUGGAAAAAAAUGUAAUGAGUGCAAGGAAGGUACGUUUGGUCUGCAAGCAGAUAAUCCAGAUGGAUGCACUCAGUGUUUCUGCUUUGGUCGUACCACAGCUUGCACCCAGGCUGGGCUGACUUGGAGCCAAAUUAUGAUGCCCAGAUCAAGGACUCUUGAAGUAAUGUACACUACAGAUCCUCCCCAGUUUAAAGGAAUGCCAUCAGUAUUCCCAUUCGAAUCACAGGACAUCAAUUAUAUACAGGUUCAAAUUCCAGGAAAAAACAUCCUUUUUAACACCUCAGGAGGUAAUUUAAACGUAACUAACAGUCUCCUAAUCAUACCAGGUGAAGCAGGAGACAUUAAAAUUGGAAGCAGCUAUCUUUUUGGAACUCCACUGUACUGGCAGCUACCAAAACAGUUUCUUGGUGACAAGAUAUUGUCUUAUGGUGGUUAUCUACGAUUUACAAUCCAGUCUGAAAACAGCAACAGAAUUUAUCCUGUGAAGACAGUGCCUUCAUAUCCCCUGGUACAAUUACAGGGAAAUGGAAGAAUAAUUUUGGAGUAUUAUCCUGUUGCAUCAAAUCCUCAUGGACAUUAUGAAAUCAGGUUCCAUGAAUCUUUGUGGAGACAGAAAGGGAAGCUGGGAGAAAAAGUAACACGGGAGAUAUUAAUGAUUGCUUUGCAAAACAUUCAACAUAUACUGAUACGUGCAACAGACUCACUAGAUUUCUCAAAGGUUGUCCUAAGAGAUGUAACACUAGAUACUGCUGUGGCUGUUCCUGGACAGCCCCCACCUCUUGCAAAAGGAGUAGAACUCUGUGCUUGUCCACCUGAAUAUAACUCAACUUCAUGUCAGGAUCCAAGCAUUGGCUUUUAUCGAUGGUAUGACAACAAUCAGAUAACGUCGACCAUAAUCAUCAAACUUGUUGGUGAAGCACGUCCAUGUCAGUGCAACAACAGAUCUUCCAUCUGUGAUAUUGAAACAGGCUAUUGUCUUAACUGCAGCGAAAAUACCAGUGGUCAACACUGUGAUCGGUGUGCAGAAGGCUUUUAUGGAGAUCCAGAGAGGGGUUCAUGUCUGCCAUGCCCUUGCCCACACCCAGUACCAGGAGGCAAUUUUGCAGUCAGAUGCAAAGUAACACCAGGACAUGUUCACUGCCAUUGUCGCCCAGGAUACACUGGCAAAAGAUGCGAAAGAUGCAGCUAUGGUUGGUAUGGGUUCCCACUGACAAAGGGUGGUUCAUGUGUUCCUUGUAAUUGUAAUAAAUAUGGAAGUGUAAGUGAUGAAUGUGACGAAGAGACAGGUCAGUGUAACUGUCGUACUGAUAUAACUGGCAGGGACUGCAGUUUGUGUCAGGAAAGGCGCAACAUUCUGACCCAACGUGGCUGCAUGUCAUGUGAUGAUAAAUGUACUGGUGUACUGCUUGAUGAACUGGAGAAUCUAAGUUUUAUUUUAUCAACAAAUACGGAGCACCUUUCGGCUGGUUUUGUACCACCACCCUGGACUGCCUUAAGGACAAUUCAAAAUAAUUCUGAUAGCCUUAAACAAGAACUUGACGAAUGGAUCACUGUAAUAGAAAAAGUGAGAUCACUUCCAGCUGGUUUUGGAGAAGAGCUAAGGAAAAAAGCAAAAGCUCUCACGAACAGGGUAAAGAAACUUGAGAGGAAUUCAAAACACGCAGUGGAAAGCGCGGUAGAUGUUAGAACUGAGGCUACAGCUAUCCAGAAAGAAAUUUUACAGCAACGGACAGAAAGUAAAGAUAUAAUUAAGAAGCUGCAGAAUUUUGGUAAAGAUGGGACAGCAGUAAAUAUUGAUCUAGCACUUCAAGAAUCUCACAUAUUACUUGAUAAGAUAAGGAAAAAUGACCUAGGAAAGAGAGGACAAAAUGCACUUAAUAUACUUAGAGGGUGUGAAAAACUAUUGAAGAAUAUCAAGAAUUUAAUACAGUCUGCACCAAGUACACAAAAACUCAAGCAGAAGUUGAACAGUUUUCACGAGAAGUUAAAUGACUUAAAUGCCAUCCUUCAAAAUAUGACACAUACUUUGAAUAAGGUUGAAAACAUUAAUCACCAAAAUAACAGGAAACUAAAGGAAACUGAUAAUGAUCUGCAGGAAAUACUCAAAAGGGGAUCUGAUAUUAAUAUUUUAUCAGAUACAAAUAAAUUUAUCAUAAGUAAUGCAAGUUUAUUCUUGGAUGAGGCUUCCAGAAGAGCAUCGAUUCUUCGAAAUACGCAAAGGGAAUUGUCAAAUCUAACAGAGCGGCUUCAAGAAACGGAAAACAAACUUAGCAGGCUAAAUCCAGCAUACAGAGAUAAAUACGUCAUCCCAGCUCAAGAGCAUGCCCACAAAUUGUAUGAAAGAGUGAAAAACAUGAGACGAAUGUUGAAUGCCACACUGGAAGAUGCAAGUUUCGCUCUUAGGGCAAGUAACGCGUACAGGGAUAUUGUUACUGCACUGAAAAGAGCAGAAGAAGCUGCAGUGAAUGCAACAAUUGCAGCAGAUGCAGCUUAUGGAAAGGUUUAUCCUGGAAUACUUGAAGACUCACUUCUUGAACAAUCAAACAUUGCUAAGGCUGAUUCAACUCGUUUAAUCAGUCGAGCAAGUCAACAGCUAAAACGUGUUGGAGAACUGCAAAGAAAGUUUGAUGAUGAAAAUAAAGCAGUUGAUCUACUGAGGGAAACUGUAAGAUCAGCAGCAGAGGAAGAUAAUGCCAUUUCCCGGGAACUGCAAAAAUUUAAUACUGAUAAAGUUGCUGUUUCUGUGAACAAUACUGUGGAAAAGCUAGGGAAAGUAAUGAAAACUGUCAAUGGUGCACAAUCCAAAGCUGAAAAGGUGGCAUUUAAAGUGAGGUCUGAACUGAGACCUCAACUUGAACAAAUUGACACAGACCUACAAUUGUCAAAGAUUGAAGAAAAUAUAUCACAGACUAGAAGUACAGUAAAGCAGGCUGAUGAUGUGCUCCUAAAGUUGACUGAAGAGGCAAAUCAGAAGCGGCGUAAGUUUCAACAAUGGAACGAUACUUUUGCAGAAAAACUACAGAGGCUACGUGAUAGUAUAACAAAAGCUCGACAUGCUGCUGAUGGUAUCCGUCUCUCUAUUACUAGCAAUGCUAAUAAUGGUUGUGUGCGAUCUUAUAAACCUAAAACUCUGGUUCCUACUAUUACAACAUCAAUUAUUUUAAAUUAUGCUGUUGAUUCAGAUGAGAAGGAUGCAUUGCUGUUCUACCUGUCAAGCAGUAAUUCCUCAUCAAAAGAUUUCAUAGCGCUCGAGAUGGUAAACAGAAAAAUUCGUUUUCUUUGGGAUGUUGGAGGUGGAGUGGGAAUUAUCACACACCCCAGAAAAAUAGAAACAGCUGUUCUCAAGGAAGACAAGAACUGGUAUCGCAUAGAGGUGGAGAGGACUAGCAACAUAGCAAAACUUGCUGUUAGGCAUCAAGUUUUACCUGAUGGAUCACCAGAAUACAGUGGUGAUCCUCAAACAAACAGUACUGCUCCAGGAUUUGGACGUUUAGAUGUUGGAGCAGAUGAUGUUGUUUGGAUUGGAGGCUUACCACCAUACAUUCCUGUUCCACCACAGUUGCUCAGUGCAAGAAAAAAGUUUGUCGGGUGUUUGCAUCGAGUUGUUCUUGAUGGAAGACCAAUAGGAUUGUGGAACUUUAACAGUGAAAUCAAAGGAAGUUGUACAGCUUGCAUUGAAGGGGUUGAAGAAUCACGAGAUGAGCAAUCAUACAGGUUCACUGGUGAUGGAUAUGCCAUACGAGAUGCUACUUUGUAUGAUAAAUAUGCUUUCAGUAUAUCACUGAAAAUCCGGACGUUGGAUGAAAAUGCACUGAUAUUCGUGGCUGUUAACAAAAAUAAGGACCAGUUUGUAGCAGUAGUAAUGAGGGAAGGGAAAGUUAUUUUUAUAAUACUCUAUGGUGAUGGAAAUCGCCUGGAAAUAUCAACUUCCAAUUUUUACAACACUGGAAAAUGGUUUCAUAUAGAUGCAAUUAGAUUUUUUGACCGAAGAUCAAAUCAUGAAACAGCAAAACUCAAGAUCGGGAAUGAUGAACAUGAAGCAUCCCCCAUCUCACCUCAAAGUUCUGACACUAUUCCAGAUUUGUCUGAGGCUUAUUACCUGAUUGGUGGUCUGCCUCCAGGGUUUGACUUGGCUCAGAAUAACAUCGGCUUUACAAAACCGUUUUUAGGUUGCAUGUCAGGUAUACAAGUUGUAAAUGAGGGAAUUAAUCCUCUUCAAGGAAAAUUUUAUGGUGUAGAAGCUUCGUGCUCCCUGUCACUCAGAGUAGUUAGUUUUGAAGGGAAUGGAUAUCUGGAAUUACCAUCACACACACUCAAAAGAAAAUCCUCCUUUGAAUUUGUUUUCCGUAGUUUGCAGAAUGAUGCUCUGCUUAUGCUUACCACAUCAGCGAAAACUGAUUCAUUGGACGAAGAGAGAACUGAAAAGUCUCACAAUGUGUCACAUUAUUAUUCCGUAUCACUCAAGAAUGGUAGAAUUAUUGUAUGGUUAGAUGCUGGAUUUGGAAAGGCUGUGCUCACCUCAGCCACCUCUUUCAAUGAUGGGCAGUUUCAUGUUGUGUCAGUAAUAAAGCAAUCAAGGAAGCUGGAACUGAGAGUUGAUGAUGCAUGGCAGAGCACAGCUGUUUUACCAGGAAGUGCUGUUGUUAUUAAAGCUCCAGGAAAAACUGGUGGACUUUACUUUGGUGGUGUACCUCAGGAUAUAAAUUGGCACAGUAUGGCAGCAAGUGCAAAUCCAAUGGUUGGCACAAUCAAGGAUGCAAACUUCAAUAAUGAACUGCUUCAGUUUGAUGACCCAGUUUCUUUUAAACAUGCAGCCAUUGGACGCUCAAGCAGAAGUAUUCCUGAUCGGAACAACAUCCAGUUUAUACCACAAGGAAGUAUUUGGCAUAAAAUGAAUAAGUGUCAGGUUGCCAGUUAUUCAGUGGAGCAGGGUGCAGUGAAAUUUGGAGAUUCUCACCAGAGCCACAUAAAAAUGGAUCUUGGUGUCCGGAGCAUCUUGCAGAAGAACUUUGCUUUAGAAUUUGAUUUUAGGACAUUCUACCCAAAUGGGCUUCUGUUCUUCAUUCCAGAUUCAAGACGGAAACAGAGGCAUUACAUUGUAGGAACAUUAUUUAACAAGAAAAUGAAAGUAGUAAUUAAAAAAGGAAAACGGCAAAACAAAAUUGUAACUCAUUCGGACCUGAAUGAUGGUUUGUGGCACCAUGUAUCCCUCCAAAGAGAGAAACAGAAUCUUAGAUUAUUCAUCGAUACAAUCAGAAAUGGGACAAUGAAAUACCCAAAAAAGCUAAAUAUCCGAAAUAUAAUGUACCUUGGAGCUCUGCCAGAAGCGGGACUUCAGUUUGCAUCAGCUGAUGAAGAGGUUAAGAGGUAUGAGACAUUCAAAGGGUGUAUACGCCAUCUGACAAUUAAUGGGCAAACAGAAGAUCUUGUUGGACCAAAAGCAACCCAUCACAAAGUUGGACAGUGCUUUCCUCGUGUGGAAGCAGGGUCUUACUUUUCUGGAGAUGCCUAUGCUAUUUACAAAGAGAAUUUUGAGAUUGUGGAUCCACUGGAACUGGAACUGGAAUUCCGAACGUCAGAAAUUACUGGGGUCCUCCUCAGUGCUGCUACACCAAACAACUCACCAGCAUUCUCCCUGGAGCUAAAUAGUGGGAAGGUCAUAAUGAAAGUUGAUAUGGGAGACAGGAAACCUUUUCGUGUAGAACAAGAAUUUCCAUCACAGUAUACAAUCUGCGAUAAUAAAUGGCAUAGGAUUACAGCAUUUUUUACAAAAGAUGAACUUGCUCUUAAAGUUGACCAGUUACCAAACAAAUAUGGCCUUUCCGGAAAUGGUUCAUUUAUAAAGGCCAGUGUUGGUAUACCACUGUACAUUGGUGGAUUACCAGAUAAUGGAUCUGGUACUAUUUUGGAGACAAGAGACAGCUUUAAAGGUUGCAUCAGAAAUGUGAAAAUUGGGAACAUUAGGAGAGACUGGACUGACAUGGCAUCCUUGCAUAAUAUUCUACUUAACUCUUGCCCAAUCAGUUCAUAAAGUAUAGUUUACAAAUGUCAACUUAACUUGCCAUAACUAUGUUUUAGUGUUCCCACUGCAAUGCCUCUUACUCAAAAGAGAAUGGGAAAAGCAACAGAAGACUGAUAUUAUAACACUGCCAUAAGUAAUUCCUGUGAGAAAGUGGUGUGAAUGACAUUUCAGUUGAUCAAAGGUAUGUCUUAAACAUACUGAGCAAUUGAAAAUAAUGAAUGGUGAUGAAUUCCAAUUUUUGUUGUUAUUAACUUAUUUGUUGUCUUGAAAGAAUGUAAUAAUUUAUUCUUAACAGUAGAUUCAUUUGUUACACUAGGUUUUUCCAUUGUAAUAAUAGUGUUUAAAGUGCCAAUCAAGAAUUCAUAUUUGGCUCAAUUUUGUUGCAUUAAAGUACUGUAGUAAUUAAGGUUGUGGAUGGUGAAAAUCAGUAUUAAUUUAUCAAUAAUUUUAGCAUUGACUGUGUAAAUUAGUAUAUAUUUUUGAUACGUACAAUAGUGAGAAAGCAUUACUCAAUGAUCAUGUAUUUAUUUGUGAAACAUAACUUGUAUAUAUUGGUUUUUGUGUGUGUGUGUGUGUGUGUGUGUGUGUGUGUGUGUGUGUGUGUGUGUGUGUGUGUGUUUUCAUGUAUUUGUUUUCUGUACAUUAACGAAGUUAAAAGUUAAAUGUAACAUGUUGCAACCAUCAAAAAUGUAUUAAAAAAAAAAAGUUGGAUCAGAAAUUAUACUUGUAAAAUUGGUAAUCAGAGAAAAGUAAAGAGUGACUCUCAAAUCUUAGGGGCAAAAGAUACCUUCUCAAAACAUGUCUGCUGCACACGAUAAAGGCAGGGAUCAUGUAUAAUCCCAGGAAAAUGUGGUCAGACUUUCUAUGAAAAAGAUUCAAAUGUUAAUUAUGCUAAUAACUCACAUAUGGAGAAAAUCCAGUCCCUGCAGUACAAUGUGUGAUUAUAUGACGAUAAUUGAGUGAUGUGGCUUUUUAUUUGUCUUCAUUCGUGUCUCUUAUGUGUUGUAGAGAAAGUAAAUCAUUUAGUGCCACUCAUCCAAGUCACACAUUUCACUUUUUCUUCCUGUAUAGUCGUUUAACUGUGACUGCUAAGCUAUAUUUUGUUUUGUUAUAUGUGACCUCAUUAUAUAAGAUAGCACCUCAUUAACUCAUCACUAGGCAGCUGAAAUGAAGUAUGAUCAGAUAAAAAAUUAUUUUGGAAAUUUAUAGAUAAAUUACUAGCAUGUAAAGGGUUUUGAGCCCUGUAGGUCUUUGGCAUCAUAUUGGUUUAAUCAACUGUUUGUACAGAUGUAUGUAACUCAUUUAUAAUAUGAAACAUUCAAUUGAGUGACUGUGAGUCAUCAAGGUUGAAGUGACAGAUUUAUAACACAGAUUUUGAGUUAUGCACUCGCAUACUAGUUCAGUUAUCCUUUUAAGGGAUUUAAGAUACUAAAAUUAUGAUAUCUACAGAAAAUUUUCAUUUGACUGUACAAAAUGGUUGGCCUAGAAAGGCUGUAUUGAUCAUUGACAUUAAGAGAAGCAAAAUUAGAUAAUGAUGAAAUGAAUGCUUAACCUAUGCUGGUCCUCACUGUCAUUUACUUGCAGUACCAUAAUUCACAAAUUACUGUUGUAUGUACAUUAUUAUUGUAAUUAACAGUGAAAAAUUGUUGUAUUGCAUAUUUGAAUUCACACAUCUAAUUUGCUAAAACAA